AUGGGCAACCAACCGUCAGUCCCCGUACCAGGCACCGAAUUGCAAGUCAUCGGCGCAGGCCUUCCACGCACAGGAACAGCUUCUUUCAGCGAAGCGCUGCGCAUCAUUCUAAAAGGACCAGUGUACCACGGUGGCACACAAGCUACCUUAGCGCCACCCCACGAAAUCAAGUCAUGGAUCAAACUUUUGUCGCAUUGGCCGCCCAAGGAUGCAUCGGAGGAGAAGCUUGUGAACACCCUGCUUGCGGCACGUCUCGAAGGCUACGCAGCAGUGACGGACAUGCCAGCCGCAGGAUUGGUGAAGGAGAUGCUGGAGCUGUAUCCGGAUGCCAAAGUCAUUUGUACCGUACGAGACCCGGAUGCCUGGGUUAAGAGCAUGGACACUGUAGCCAAUGCGGCAACGCUGUGGUUUCUCGGUGUGGUCUUACUUCCUCUUCCUGGGAUGCGCCAUUUCCCCUCUUACAUCAAUGUACUGCGAAAACAAUGGGGGGCAUCUCUAUGA